AGCGCGAGUGCGGAGGGUACAUGUACAAAAUAAUGAACUGGCAUGACUGGAGGACUGAGGAAAAACGAAGUAGGAACGCACUACUCGAGGGAGCAAGGUUUUACUCAUUGGAGAUGUUUGAAAGCUUGGGUUUAGGCAAGCAUUUGCAUCGUACCAUCACCAUUCUGAGGUGUCAUAAGUACAGGAGUUACUCCAGCUUAGCAUUAUCGUUUUCAUGAUGGACCGACCUUUUCUGCUGCAACCUUCACUCCUCGUUGGAAUCAUGCAAGCAGUCGCAGGUGCCAGCCCUCACAGAAACUGUCAGAAGGUCAGCCAGAGGUUAUACCGACAAUGUCUUUUCCUCUCCAGGCCUGUGACAAGACUGGAGCCACGCAAAGUCAAGAUGCCUUCGAGAACCCGGCUUUUAAGAGGGGAUAUUUCAAUGCUACCUCAAAUAAGACAGGACUUCAAGAGAGUAGAUUUGCGGGCUAUUCUUAAUUAUCGGUGUUUUGUCAGCAACUCCUAUCAGCAAUAUUCUUUGAGGAGAAUUCUAUCUACAGGUAGGUGGCCUUGGUAUUUUCAAAGUAGAAACUUCAUGGAGACCUGCAAUAAUGGACAUGAGAGUGCUGAUGAGAAAACAAGGACAGUGGAAGGGCUAAGUUACUUAGAAGCGAGGAGGCAGGGGCUUCUUCCAAGGAGGCGGAGCCUUUCACCCACUGAGAGGCUGGACCAAAUGCUGGGUUCCAGCCCUGGCCACGAAGGAUCAAGUAGUGGCCAGGAUCGGAAUGAAGACACUGUUGAAUCUGAAUCGGAGUCUAGCGCUCCCAAGGACGAAGAUGGAGUUACCAGACUUGAAUUAAACAGGGCUGCAUCGGAUGACCACUUGAGAGGCCUGGACGAAGGCAGAGUGGAUCUGAGCAAGCCUUUCAAAUUAGGAAGUGAUCCUCCAAUGGUAGACGGGGAGAUGGUGCUUGCUGUCAAGGAGAACUUCAAGCGGCAUGAGUAUCUCUACAGAAUGUUCAAACUGAGUGCUGGUACGGACUUCUGCUCCAAAUUUGGCACCAUCUCGCAUGCUGAUGUAGUGGGCCAUCCAGCAGGGAAGACCUUCACAACAGACUUGGGCAUAGACGUCUUGAUCCGCAGACCGUCCCUGGAGGAGUUUGUACUGUACAUGAAGCGCACACCAGUCAUAUCCUAUCCAAAGGAUUGCUGUACCAUGCUGAUGAUGAUCGAUGCCAGCCCGGGGGAUGUCAUUCUUGAGGCAGGCACUGGCUCCGGCGCAAUGACACUCUUUCUGUCCAGAGCAGUUGGCCCAGAAGGAUGUGUGCACACCUUUGAUGCUAGGCCUGAGCACGUGAAGAGAGCCAUCAAGAAUGUGAAAAAGUGGGUGUCAUCCUGGAACAUCAGCCAUCCCCACCAACCCUGGCCGGAAAACGUUUGCUUUCAUUCAGGCAAAUUACAGAGCUGUGACAAAGAUUUCGACCCGGCAUUGUUGGUGGAUGGAGCAGUCAUUGACAUGGAGAGACCAUGUGAUGCCUUGCCUACGUUGGCCGCCCGACUCAAAUCAGGAAAGACUGCUGCUCUGUAUAUCGCUAAUAUAACACAGAUAGUUCAGGUGGCCGAAUACCUGCGCGUCCACGGCCUACCACUUACCAUUGAGAAGACACUGGAGGUCACCCACAAGGUGUGGCUCGUGCACCAGGCCAAACGCCACAGUGGUGUCUCCCUAGGGGAACCAGCCCUCAGCAUGGGCUCGGACAGUGAGUCAGAAGAGCAAGUUGCCGAGAACUCAGAGGACGUCUCCACUUCCUACAUACAAGACCACUCACUGAAGUACUUAGCGAGACCGCACAAUGUACAGGCUGCACACUCAGCCUUCCUCGUCAAAAUCCGGAAGAUUGACAGUGCGUCAUCGGCCUACAAGAUCUGAAGUACGGAUUCGGCAAGGCCUGAACUCUUCCUUGAAGUAAUAGCCCGCCGUCAGCAUCUUCUUGCUGAAGCAGACAAAGUCAGGUGGCUCUGGAA